AUGGCGAACGCGGGUCACCUGGUCCGGCGCACCUCGCAGCGGGAGAUGAUCGUCCCGCAGAAGAGCCUGGACCGCCUGGAGAUGAGGGACAUGCGCAACCGGCUGGUGCAGGAGAACGGCGGGCCCUCCUACGGCACCACCAACCAGGCCUUCGAGGACCCGCAGAGGAACCGCACGAUGACGGGUAAGGGAGAGGGGACGGGAGGGGAAGGGAGAGGGAUAGGUGUGGCACAGGCAGGUAAGGACGACCGCGAGUCCUGGGACAGCAAGUGGCAGUACCUCCUGGCGGUGAUCGGGUACGCCGUCGGCCUCGGGUCCGUGUGGCGCUUCCCUUACCUGUGCCAGAAGAACGGCGGCGGUGCUUUUCUGUUCCCUUACCUGAUCAUGCUGGCAGUGGAAGGCAUCCCUAUCUUCUAUCUGGAACUCGCUGUCGGACAGAGACUUAGGAAGGGGGCCAUUGGCGUCUGGAAUCAGGUUUCGCCUUACUGUGGCGGCAUCGGCGUGGCUUCAGCAUUUGUGUCCUUCAACGUGGCUCUUUACUACAACACUAUCAUAGCCUGGUGCCUCUACUACCUGGCGGGGAGCUUCCGGAGUCCCCUCCCGUGGUCAGACUGCCCCAAGAAGUAUUACGAGAACGGGUCCUAUACCGUGGUGCGGGAGUGCGCGAAAAGCAGCCCCACGGAGUACUUCUGGUACCGGGAGACCCUGGAGAUCUCCCCAGACAUCAACCACCCGGAGAAGUUCAACUGGAAGAUUGCCAUUUGCCUCCUGAUCGCUUGGCUCCUCACCUACCUGUGUAUGGCCAAGGGUAUUGCGUCAUCGGGAAAGGUCGUGUACGUGACUGCCACGUUUCCUUAUUUGGUCUUGGUGAUUUUCUUCGUUCGCGGCAUCACUCUACGCGGCAUGGAGGACGGUUUGAAACAUCUCUUCACGCCAGAUUGGGAAAAGCUCCUGGACCCGACGGUGUGGCUGGAGGCGGGGACACAGAUCUUCUUCUCCCUCGGCCUGGCCUUCGGGGGACUGAUUGCCUUCUCGUCCUACAACCCCGUGCACAACAACUGCUUCCGGGACGCCGUGGUCUGCGGGCUCAUCAACUGCACCACCGCCAUCUUCGCGGCCGUCGUCGUGUUCUCAGUCCUCGGUUUCAAGGCCAACAUCACCUUCGACGAAUGCACCCAAGAACGGGAGAGGAUCUUGAUACAGUACUUCAACACCACCGACAUCGACCCCAUACCCCCGGGGGACCUGAUCAGCACCUACGCCGGCAGCACCAACAUCCCCAUGCCUGAGCUGCCUGAGUGCGACCUGCAGAAGACUCUGAAGAAUUCCGCCUCGGGCACGGGCCUGGCCUUCAUCGUCUUCACGGAGGCCAUCAACCAGUUCCCUUGGGCGCCCCUGUGGUCCAUCCUCUUCUUCCUGAUGCUCUUCACCCUCGGCAUCGACUCCGAGUUCGGGACGUUAGAGGGCGUGAUCACGUCCAUUGUCGACCUCAAGGUUUUCCCCAACAUCAGGAAGGAGAUUCUGACUGGCAUCUGCUGCGGCGUCUGCUGCGUGAUCAGCAUGGUCUUCGCUCACGGCGCAGGGAACUACGUGUUCAUUCUCUUCGACGACUUCUCCGGGAACAUUCCGCUGCUGAUCGUCGCCUUCUUCGAGUGUGUCUCCGUUUCGUAUAUAUAUGGCCUCAGGAGAUUCAGCGACGACAUAGAGCUCAUGACAGGAGGACGCCCUGGCCCCUUCUGGCUGCUGUGCUGGAAGUACAUCUCGCCCACGGUCAUGCUCACGAUCCUCACCUCUUCCAUUAUAAAAGUGGUCAACGGCUCGAAGUACAUGGCCUGGGAUGCCACGGAGGGCGAGGUCACCUUCCAGUCGUGGCCGGCGUGGGCGUGGGGGCUGGUGGCCGUCCUCGUCCUCGUGUCUGCUCUGUGGAUACCGGGAAUCGCCCUCACAAGGUUGUGCGGCCUCCACGUCAUUCAGGACGAAGAGCCUGCCUGGUUCCCGGCGGAGGAACUGAGAGAGUAUCACACCGUCGUCCCUCACAAGGUAACAAACAUCGAAAGGAAACUCUUCUGCAUGCGAGAAGACGGGCUCGAAGGCCUUUGUUGUCCAGUAGGAGCUCCGCCCAAAGAAGAUGUUUAAAGAAAACGGAAUCAUUGCGAGGACAAACUACACAAGACUGCCGCACCUGGAGGGCAGGCGGACAAGAAUAUAAUGGCCUAGGUAAAGUUUUCAAUGGGGAUUCAUCAUAAACUGGUAGAGCAUGGUUGAUCGUAGACUCAGAGGUGUUAACAAGAAUGGUUAUUGUUCAGUAAUACGCCUCUUCCGACCCAUUACAGCGACGUCUUUGCAUAAUACCUGGUCGAGGCUUUUUGCUUUGUACAUUAUUUUCGGCUUACAAAGUUAACAUUUCCUGUUGUUUUAUAUUUUGCUGUUUGGUAAUUACAGAAACUGAGGUUCCUCUGGCAUCCCUUUAAGAUGGAUUUCUAAAAUAGUUGUUGAUUUAUCUCUAUAGUCAUCUGAAGAAAAACAAAAAACAACCAACGUUCUUUACAACUUUCUUUUACAGUCAUAGUAAUAAUAACAAUAAAAUCUGGUACGAUUGGAAUUUAUGGACCUCAUCCAAACAAUGAAUCUGUGAGUGAUUAAUAAGUCUUGAUGAAUUUUUGUACUAGACAAUACACUACAGUAUUAUGACAAGUUCACUGAUUUGUAUACAAGCUAAAAAUCAGAACUUCUUAACUUUUCUCAUCGAAGGCUAAGCAACUCUUGACCACCUUCCCCCUCUUCUCGUAAAUGUACAUAUGUUUUCUGUCAUUUUUGGUGACUUGCGGAUCGUAUAUAUAUUACCCUUGUCCUUCUCUCUCUCUCUCUCUCGUUUCUAA